AUGUCACAAAAUGCCCUCCAGAUCUCCCGAGGGAUAUUCAGCAACGCAUCCUAUCCUUUGCGAACCAUUACCUCGAACCACGAACUUUGCUUCCAGUGCUCACGCAAGGCGCGAUCCCUUCAAGCCCGUCAUUUCUCCUCCACUCGACCCAGCCAUGCCGCCUUGGGAGAAAUGCGAAGAGCCCCAUCGAAUGCAAAACAGCCGUCGAUGAAGGCGAAGAUGGCUCUUAUGGACAAGAAAGACGUUGGAAAUGAUCUUGGAAGACUCCCAGGCACUAUCAUCCUACCACAGAGAUUGAAGGACUACCCAGAUGGACUGAAAAUGAAAGCACGCGUACUGUGGAGGAAAUUCAAAGAUAGCGCCAUCGGCUUGUCCUCGAUCAUAUAUGCAUCCAAGUGGGAUGUGCCCAAGGAUAAGAGAACCGGGAAAAGGAAGACUCGCGCUAUGUAUAUGAGCGAUCGACUCGCCUUGGCUGCGCAUUUUCACAUUCGAUUGAAUAACGGGAUCUCAACUGGCAAUCUCAAGGAUUUACACGCCAUCUGUGCCGAUGGCCUUCACAACCAGUGCCAAAAAAUGAUCGAGCGGCAAAAGGAACUCCGUCUUCCAGAGCAGCCCUGGAAAAUCCUCCGAUACUCUGGGAUUGAGUAUCCUUCGUGGAUGAUGAAAUGGCCAUUGAGCUUUUUCCUCCCUCGUGCGGCCGUUCGAGUGGUUUCCGAUAGAAUGACUGCGGUCCCUUUCGGUACACAAUCUUUUAUUCGCGAAUGCAUUGUUCGAAUCAAGUCAGUGCAGCUCUUGGGUACAGAGGGAAAUGUUGAAACCCUCACCGAACAUGUUGUUCUGCAACAAUUCAUUUUGGAGGGAGUGGCAAGGGAGUGGAAGAUCUGGGGAACGAUCGAUCCCACCAAGGAGGAGCUUUUGGAGACUCUCAAUGGCAAGAAAGGCACCAGAACUAACAGCUUUGCCGACGAAUUCAGGGAGAGGGUAUCAUCCGUGACUGGUGCCUUCUAG